AUGAUCGGACCCGACAUUCCAAAACAAUUGUUAAAGAAAAAGCCACAACAACAGGAGCCAGCAGUCGAAUUGGACGAAACUGAAGCAGAUGAAGAAGUAGUGCAAGACGUUACGCCUACACUAGAUCCAGUAGGACCUGCGAUUCCACCAGAACUAUUAACCAAAAAAAGGCAGGAGCGAACAAAUCAAGAAGGAACCCAUGAAACAGAGGAGAAGCCUUCAACAUCCCCUGUUCCUCCUGCUUCUGCUGCUGCAGCUGAAGAUAAUAACGUGGACAACGAUGAUCCAGAUGCGUUCGCACCAGCAUUGCCACCAGAUCUGUUAGAAGCACGAAAGAAACAAACGCAAGGAAAGAACGUCAACAGCACUAGUGGCAGUGGUAGCGGUAGUGGUAGAAGACGGCGUGCACCUGCAGGCCCUGCAUUACCCAGAGCGUUUGAAGCAGAGGCUGAUGACGACGUGGUUGGCCCUAUUUUGCCCUCCAAUUAUAAUCCUGAACAGGACGCAGUACGAUCAGCUGUUGCAGAUAUUGAAGAACGGGCACGAUUAAGCAAAGAAGCAAUGGAUGCUGAAAAAGCGGCUGCAAAAGAAAAGAAGGUCGAACGGCCAGAAUGGAUGCUAGUACCUCCUGAAGUGGAUUUUUUGCGAAAUGCGGAUUCAUCGCGAUCUAGAGGAUUCAAUACGAGCAACUUGUCUGAAAAGGAACGCGAUCGUAGCGUCUGGACUGAAACGCCCGCAGACAAGGAACGAAAGCGUAGCGGAAAGCGUAAGCAAGUUGAAGAAGAACAAACUCCAUCAGCUCUUCCAUCUAGAUACUCGCGCCGUGAGCAAGAUAUGCUACAGAACAUCCAACAACAUAAUAUGAUGGAGCGACCCAAAACGCUGAUGGAACUACAUCAAGAAAAGGGACGCAAGAAGAGAAAAGAGGAUGGGGAGGAUGCUUCAAGUCGACCAUUUGAUCGUGAAAAGGACUUUUUGAAGGGGCCUAGUAGACCUAUGGACAGACGGAAAAAGCAAGAUAUGAUCAAGGGUGCACGGGAGUUAGGUGGUCGUUUUGGUUCUGGAAGCAGCUCUUUCUUGUAA